AUGGCGCUGUACCUGCUCUUCGAGUCGGCGUCGGGGUACGCUCUGUUCCACCUGUACGGCAUCGAUGAGAUUGGGCAGAGCGUGGACGCCGUCCGCGCGUCCGUGCUGGACCUGCAGCGCUUCGGCAAGGCCGUCAAACUCACCGGCUUCUCCCCCUUCUCCUCCGCCGUCGACGCGCUCAACCAGUGCAACGCCAUCUCCGAAGGGAUCAUGACCGGCGAGCUGAGGAACUUCCUGGAGCUCAAUCUGCCCAAGGUGAAGGAGGGAAAGAAGGCCAAAUACAGUCUCGGUGUCACAGAGCCCAAGGUCGGGUCCCACAUCACUGAGGCCACGGGGAUCCCCUGCCAGAGCAAUGAGUUCGUCCAGGAGCUGCUCCGGGGAGUGCGGCUGCACUUCGAUCAGUUCAUCGACCAACUCAAGGAAUCUGACCUGGAGAAGGCUCAGCUAGGCCUGGGUCAUAGUUAUAGCAGGGCCAAGGUCAAGUUCAAUGUGAACCGUGUGGAUAAUGUGGUGAUUCAAGCUAUCUUUCUGUUGGACACACUCGAUAAGGAUAUCAAUUCCUUCUCCAUGAGAGUGAGAGCUCUGAAAACUCGUGGAAAUACACCAAAGUAUGGCCUCAUAUUCCACUCAUCAUUCAUUGAUCGUGCAUCAGCUAAGAACAAGGAGUUGAAUACAUCCAUUUUUGGACAGAAGCUGCGUGAACAAGUUGAGGAGAGACUAGACUUCUAUGACAAGGGUGUCGCACCUCGUAAGAACCUUGAUGUGAUGAAAGCCGCCAUUGAGGGUAUUAAUGUGGUUUCGGAGGAUGUUGAUGGCAAGAAAAAGAAGUCUAAAGCUCAGUCUGACGGUGAAGCAAUGGAUGUUGAUAAGCUUGCCGCUGGAGAAGGUGAACCUCAAACUGAGAAAAAGAAAAAGAAGAAGCACAAGCGUGAGGAGCCACAUGAUGAAGAGAUGGCCACUGAGCCACUCAGUGAUGAUAUCAAACAAGAUGAGACUCCAAAGAAGAAGAAAAAGAAGAACCGAGACACGUCUGUCAUGGUCGGGAGCACUUACAGGCGCCGCGGGCCAGGGACAUCCGGCGCGACGCAGAACGCGCGGAGGGAGCGCUGCGCGCGCGUGAGGACGCACAGGGUGCGACCACACCGAGUGGCUCAGAUGGAAAGUAGAGAUAGGCUUCUAUUUUCAGUUCCUAGAUUAUAG